UUAGUUUUUCUUGUGUUGAAGACAGCUUGAACUUUGAAGUUAACUUUUUGCCUAAUUUCAAACGUAUUUGUUUUGUUUCUUCACUUACCUACGUUAGAAAAAUCGCAAACAAGUUUUAUUAAGAACCAAAAUAAUUAAUUUUGAAAGUCGAACGAGCCACUACGAAACGAUAUUCUAGUCAAUUAGAUAUUUUUAAAAAUGAAAUAGUUUUAGUAUAAUAUUAAAUAAGAAAUAUAUACUUAAGCCUGUACCUAGUUAAGCAAAAUGCAGAUUCUUAAAGCAAGAUUCGCUCUAAGAGCUUCGGCCUCACAGUUCCAAGCGUGGAGUUCUUCUAAGCAUCGGACUGCAACUUCAGACACGAAAAAUGUAGAAUACAAGCCAAUUAGAAGCGUAUUGGUAGCAAAUAGAGGUGAAAUUGCCAUCCGUGUGUUCAGGGCAUGUACGGAGUUGGGUAUCCGCUCCGUCGCCAUCUACAGUGAGCAGGAUAAACUUCAAAUGCACAGACAAAAAGCCGACGAAUCGUACUUAGUUGGAAAGGGCCUUCCACCAGUGGAAGCGUACUUAAGUAUUCCUGAAAUCAUUCGAGUGGCGAAGGAAAACAACGUUGACGCUAUUCACCCAGGCUAUGGACUGCUUUCUGAACGGUCAGACUUCGCUCAAGCAAUCAUCAAUGCUGGAAUCCGAUUUAUCGGUCCUUCACCCAAAGUUGUUCAGCAAAUGGGAGACAAGGUUGCAGCCAGGAUAGCUGCUAUUGAAGCCAAGGUACCAAUCGUACCUGGUACUGAUGGACCGGUCACGACAAAAGAGGAAGCAUUGGAGUUCUGCAAACAACAUGGACUACCUGUUAUAUUCAAGGCGGCCUAUGGCGGUGGAGGUCGCGGUAUGAGAGUAGUCCGUGAGAUGAGUGAAGUAACGUCUGCCUUCGAGCGAGCCUCUUCUGAAGCGCUUGGCGCUUUUGGAAAUGGCUCCAUGUUCAUUGAGAGAUUCAUCGAGCGACCAAGACAUAUUGAGGUUCAGCUAUUAGGUGACAAAGCAGGCAAUGUUGUACAUUUGUAUGAGCGCGAUUGUUCCGUACAGAGACGUCAUCAGAAAGUUGUUGAAAUCGCUCCAGCGCCCAGGCUCGACCCCGAAACUCGUCAACGAAUGCUGGAUUGUGCGGUUCAUUUGGCUCGUCACGUCAAGUACGAAAAUGCGGGAACUGUCGAGUUCCUGUUGGACGAUAAAGGAAACUUCUAUUUCAUUGAAGUUAACGCUAGAUUACAAGUAGAACACACAGUAACUGAAGAAGUAACAGGCAUCGAUCUAGUGCAAUCUCAAAUUCGAGUUGCCGAAGGCAUGACGUUGCCAGAAAUGGGUCUCACACAGGAUAAAAUAAGGGCGGACGGAUACGCGAUACAAUGCCGAGUGACCACUGAGGACCCGGCGAAUAACUUCCAACCUAGUACAGGCAGGAUUGAGGUGUUCAGAUCUGGCGAGGGUAUGGGAAUUCGUCUGGAUUCAGCCUCAACUUACGCCGGGGCUAUUAUAUCGCCAUACUACGACUCGUUACUCGUAAAGGUGAUAUCCCAUGCUCAAGACCUGUCAGCUUCGGCUGCGAAGAUGAGCCGCGCCCUACGCGAGUUCCGUAUCAGGGGCGUGAAGACAAAUAUUCCGUUUCUACUAAAUGUGCUAGAGAACCAGAAAUUCUUAAAUGGCGCAGUAGACACGUACUUCAUAGACGAAAAUCCACAGUUGUUCAUGUUCAAGGCAUCACAAAAUAGAGCUCAAAAAAUACUUAACUACCUCGGUUACGUAUUGGUUAACGGACCUGCCACGCCCCUGGCUACCCAAAUACCACCGUCAAAUGCCAAGCCGUAUAUACCACCAGUUCCAUUGGACCUUUCCCCAGAGGCGAUUAGAAAUCAAGAACUGACUGGCGAAAAUACAGCUGUGAAACCACCUAAGGGUUUCAAACAAAUUCUCCAAGAGGGCGGCCCUGAAGCUUUCGCAAAGGCUGUACGCAAUCACAAAGGUCUAUUGCUGAUGGAUACGACGUUCCGUGACGCGCACCAAUCGUUGCUAGCGACGCGUGUACGUUCGCACGACUUGUUGGCCGUGUCUCCGUACGUAGCGCACAACUUCAGCGGUUUAUAUUCUUUGGAGAACUGGGGUGGAGCCACUUUCGAUGUUGCUUUGAGGUUCCUCCACGAAUGUCCCUGGGAGCGUUUAGAAGACAUGCGUCGUCAGAUUCCCAACAUUCCCUUCCAAAUGCUAUUAAGAGGAGCAAACGCGGUGGGAUACACCAACUACCCGGACAAUGUGGUCUUUAAAUUCUGUGAUAUGGCUGUGAAAACCGGUAUGGACAUUUUCCGAGUCUUUGACUCCCUCAAUUACCUUCCGAAUCUCAUUCUUGGAAUGGAAGCGGCUGGAAAAGCCGGUGGAGUUGUCGAAGCAGCUAUUUCUUACACGGGGGACGUAUCCAAUCCCGAGAAAUCCAAAUAUGACCUGAAGUACUACGUCAACCUGGCCGAUGAACUGGUGAAAGCUGGAACACACGUCCUGGGAAUCAAAGAUAUGGCUGGAUUGCUGAAGCCUCAGGCUGCUAAACUCCUAAUAUCGGCGAUCCGCGAACGCCACCCGUCCGUUCCAAUCCACGUGCACACGCACGACACGGCCGGAGCCGGAGUGGCCGCCAUGUUGGCCUGCGCGGAGGCCGGCGCUGAUGUGGUGGACGUGGCCGUCGACUCAAUGUCCGGACUCACGAGCCAGCCCAGCAUGGGAGCGCUGGUCGCCUCCCUGCAGUCGACUAAGUUGGAUACUGGUAUCCCCCUACAAACUGUAUCUGAAUACUCAGCGUACUGGGAACAAGCGCGUACGUUAUAUGGCCCGUUCGAAUGUACGGCUACUAUGAAGUCAGGGAACGCUGACGUAUACCUCAACGAGAUACCUGGAGGACAGUACACAAAUCUCCAGUUCCAAGCCUUUUCUUUGGGAUUGGGAAGUCAGUUUGAAGAAGUUAAGAAAGCUUACAGAGAGGCAAACCUCCUCCUCGGAGACAUCAUAAAAGUGACACCAUCGUCUAAAGUGGUGGGAGACUUCGCCCAAUUCAUGGUCCAAAAUAAACUGUCGGCUGAUGACAUCCUCUCGAGAGCUGAGGACCUCUCGUUCCCCAAGUCUGUGGUGGAGUUCUUCCAAGGAGCCAUUGGCAUACCAUAUGGUGGAUUCCCUGAACCUUUGAGAUCUAAAAUCCUCAAAGACAUGCCAAGAAUCGAAGGUCGGCCGGGCCAAGAGUUGCCUCCACUGGACUUCGGCAAACUCAAAAAGGAUAUACAAGAGACGUACUCGGAUGUCAGCGAUCAGGACGUGAUGUCCGCCGCCAUGUACCCGCAAGUCGCGAACGACUACUUCCGUAUACGCGACAAGUACGGACCCGUCAAACAUCUCGAUACGAAGACGUUCCUCGUUGGACCCGAUGUGGGAGAAACUAUUGAAGUGAAGAUCGAACGCGGAAAGACCUUGGACAUCAAGACAUUGGCUGUGUCUGAUGAGAUGACAGCGGCAGGAGAGAGGGAGGUGUUCUUCGAACUUAAUGGUCAGCUACGGUCCGUCUUCAUACGGGACGAGAAGGCUAGCCAGGAAAUGAAGAUUCAUCCAAAAGCCGUGAAAGGUGACAAAGGUCAAGUUGGAGCUCCCAUGCCUGGAACUGUUCUAACUAUUAAAGUUAAAGAGGGCGACAAAGUAGACAAAGGCCAAGCGAUCGCUGUCCUCUCAGCUAUGAAAAUGGAAAUGAUAGUUCAGGCACCGCAAGCUGGUAUCAUCAAAAGUGUUGCCAUUACAAACGGACAGAAACUUGAAGGCGACGAUCUUAUCUGUACUAUUGAGGAAUAAAGAACGAUUUCUGGAGACGUCAAGUGUCAACUUACAUCAUUUUUAAUAACAUCCGUCUCUUUCUUGCGUUCGCUGUUGGAAAGAAACAGUGAGAUUCUAUUCUCUAUAAAUUACAUGUAGGCAAAUUAUCAGUACAAAAGAUGGAUGUGUCAUGAAAGCUUCAAUUAUAUUUUAACUCAGUAAUGUUAACUUUGAUGUGAUAGAAUACUUAAUAUUUAAAUACAUUUUUUAAAUGAGUCAAAUAAGCAAAAUCUGUGUUAAUUUUCAUAGAGUAGCAUUGAAUACUUGGAGUCAUAGACUGUAGUAGAUAUUUUAGGCGCGAAUUUUAACAAUUUACAAUUUGUUUUUUAUUUUUAAUCUAUGAUGUACUCAAGUGUGAUUGAAUGAAGUGUGUUUUAUAAAAAUUACGUUUCUCUGUAGCAUCACAAUGUUUUUAUUCAUAUUUUUUUAUAUAACCUAUUUUUUUUACAAGUUAAAAGUUAUUUGUUAUCAUUGCGUGUGUGAUUGUUAUAAAAUUUAUUUACAAUAAUUUUUAUUAAUAUAAGUACUCGAUGCACAAAAUUAUUCCAAGAAUUUAACGAAAGACAUUUAAAAUAACUGUUUUAUCGUAAAACGAUUCGGUAUCGACUGGUGCUCAUUGUUAUUUUUUUUUGCAAUUUUAUUAAUAAAUGUAUACAUUAUUUA